AGCUAUUUCAUUCAUAACACAGAGCACGAUAUUAAAUCUGACAGAGAGCCACCCAUCAACAUCUCAGGAUAUCACAAACACCACCAAGAGCUCGAACUCUCAUCAAACUAUGACAAACUCGGGAGGUCGAAGGCUGAAGCAGUGGCUGGUGGAGCAGAUCCAGAGCGGGCUGUACUCGGGACUGCUGUGGGAGGAUGAGAGCCGCACCAUGUUCCGAAUUCCAUGGAAACACGCUGGGAAACAGGAUUAUAACCAAGAAGUAGACGCAUCCAUUUUUAAGGCCUGGGCUGUGUUUAAAGGCAAGUUUAAGGAGGGGGAAAAGGCUGAGCCUGCAACAUGGAAGACCAGACUCCGCUGUGCCCUGAAUAAAAGCCCUGACUUUGAGGAGGUGGGAGAAAGGUCGCAGCUAGACAUCUCUGAGCCUUAUAAAGUCUACCGCAUUGUACCCGAGGAAGAGCAGAAGAAUGGCAAAAGCUCAGUGAUGUCCAUGGCAGCUACUACCAGCUCUGGCGAUAUCAUAGACAUGGACUGCAGCCCUGCAGAGAUAGAGGAGCUCAUUAAAGAGGACGAAAGCUGUAGUAUCCAGGCCAGUCCAGAGUAUUGGUCCCAGGGCAGCAUCAAUGCUUUUCCUCUACAUCAGGACCCUUUGCCCUCAGGCAAUCUCAGCUCAGCUUUCUCCCAGAUAAUUGUCAGUUUCUACUAUGGAGGAAAGCUGAUGCACACCACAUCGGUUACUCAUCCCGACGGCUGCCGGAUCUCCCCCCAACCGCACCUGGGUCGUGGCCCUCUAUACAGUUCAGACAGCAUGCAGAGUGUUAAUUUCCCUCCCGCUGAGCUCAUAGAGCACGAUCACCAGCGCCACGUCACACGCAAGCUCCUGGGCCACCUGGAGAGAGGCGUACUGGUCCGUGCCAACCAAGAGGGCAUCUUCAUCAAAAGGCUGUGUCAGAGCCGUGUCUUCUGGAGCGGGCUGUCAGAAAUGGGCUCGCAAUACAGCCCCAUGCCUUGUAAACUUGAGAGGGAUGCUGUGGUGAAGAUUUUUGACGCCGGGAAGUUUCUUCAAGCUCUACAGAUGUAUCAGGAUGGUCAGUUUCCUGCUCCUGAUCCGACAGUGACUCUGUGUUUCGGAGAGGAGCUCCAUGAUCUCAACAAUGCCAAGAGCAAACUGAUCAUUGUGCAAAUCACUGUGGUGAACUGUCAGCACCUGUUGGAGGCAGUGAACAUGCGUCGCUCCCAGCCCUACUGCAUCAACCCAAACCUGGAGAUAUCUGAUAAAGUGGCCAGUGACCAGAUGGCCCGCAUCUACCAGGAGUUGUGCAGCUACAGCGGCCCCCAGAGGCCAGCCUGCUACAGGGACAACAUGCCCAUCACUGCCUGAACCGUGAGCAGCAACACACUGCAGGAGCUCUUCAGUGUGUACCAGACUGAUGUAAAACAUGUUAGGGGCAUUCCUUAUUUUACUGAGACUCACUGACAAGGUGAAUUCAGGUGAAAAGACAGUAUCACAAUUAGGUUAGACUUUUUAAAAAUGUAUACUAAUUACAGUGGAGACAUAAAUAUAAGGAGGAGCACAUCUCUUACAGUUAGAAUUUUGAGCUGCAGCUCAAUAUUUGGAUGUCCCUAAUAUGUUGUACAUCAGUAAUGUUCAUAUUUUUUAUACGUACGGCGCUAACACAAACUCUGUGUCCAACUUCUGCUUUUUUUAUUAUAAGAGUGUCAUAAUCCAACUGAAGAGGAAAAGUGGCAUUUUAUUUUGAUAUUUUGUUACAUAAAUAUGCUAAUACUUGUAUUAAUACUUUCGUUGUUGUACGACAACAGUUUAUGUAAUUUAGUUUUUGAAGCUGAAUUUUAUUUUGACGUGCAUAAUCUUUUUUGAUUUUGCAGUUGAGUUGCUUUCUAAUGUCAUGACUGUUUGUAUAAACUUACAGAAAUACAUAAAAUCUUCAUAUGAAUUGCAUGGAAUUUUAGAUGCAAUGUGGCAUUGUGUUACAGAUAGGUUUUACUAUCGUACUGUUUUUAUAAACUGCAUUUCUAGUAAAACAAAGUUUGUACUGAAA